AAAAAAAAAAAAACAGUAUAAGGCACGUGCCUACCCUGCCCUUCACGUACGUCCGCCCCUGGAACAGCCUGGAACUACCGCCAUCGGCCGGAAUCUCUCUAGGAAUGAUAAUGGACGGUGAGUUGAUGUCAGAUUACAAGAUGGUAGCUAAAUCUUUGACUAGGAAAGGAACUGCGAUGGCUAAAUGCUCAAAAGGCUAUGAACCUCUGACAGAGAGACCAAAUAAAGACUUGGAGCAGCAGGACUACUUUGAUCCCAGUAUCGGCGUUGAGCAAGGUACUGAUGAGCACAAGUAUCCUGAUCUUGAGGUUGGAAAAAUCCCAGUGAUGCCUUUCAGACCAUCUCUUGAAGCUAAACUUAGAGGAUUGCUGUAUAACAUUUGCUUACAUGAGAUUAAGCUAUGCUCUGAUGCUUUAAAAGAGUUUGUUAUGUUACUAAAGGGAGAAACUGGCGGCCAUUUGUUGCGUCUUUAUUUCCACAACUCUGCCAAAUUUAAGGAGCUUCUAGAUGUAUGGAAGUUUCUACAUGAAAAAAAACAAGGAGUGUCCUAUAUAUUCUCGCUUUUCCAGACGGUUUUGAGUCAUCCAGAGGGAAAAGGUACAUCAGCUGAUAUUGGAAGAGCUAUUAACCAGCUUGGCAGGUCACUUAUUGAUGAAAAACUGCAUGACAUUUACAAUGCAUUGAACAGCAAAGAGGGAAAACAACAGAAUGCUGCACUUUCACUCUUGGCUUCCAUAGUUAGACGUGGUCCAAGAAUGGCAUCGCAUAUGGCGAAUAAAUUUGAUUUUAAGGGUUUUGCAAAACUGGGGGAGUAUAAAACUGGAGGGGCUGACAAGGUUAGGAAACAUUCAACGAGGCAGGCUUUUGUUGGGUUUGCAAUAUCAUUCCUUGAAGUUGGGCAACCUCAUUUGUCAGAUUCUAUUUUAUGGCAGAAGAAAAUGUAUUCUAAUGUCCUAAAAGGCCUUGGGGAAGACGAUGAAGACACUGCGGCUUACGUUUUGUCUACGUUGAAGGACAAGAUCCUUGUUAAAGAAUCAUUGAUUUGCCCUCCGCUAAGGAGUGUUCUUUUUGGAAUCCCUGCACUAGAGAAGCUAGUCAUCAUUUCAGCAAGAGAGGAUGGUGGGAAAGUGAAUGAGUUGGCCCAUGAUGUUCUUGUUAAAGUUUGUACAGACCCCUCUAAUGGAUUGAUGCCAGAUUCAAAGAGCCUACUAAUGCUCAUGAAGAAGUUGAGAGCAACAGAAAUUAGUUAUCAUAGGGAUUUGCUUCUAGCCAUUGUUAGGGGUAGACCGUCUUUAACUUCAGCUUUCUUGGAACAAUUUCCAUACAAUGUGAAAGAUUUUUCAUCACCAUCCUGGGUUUCUUCUAUUUCCCUGGCAGCAAAUUUGGUAUCGCCGGAAAGAAUUUCAUCUUCUUUUGACUUUCUCAAUCCAGAUCAUCGUGCUAUACCUCCUUCUGUUGGUUCAGAAAUUCAGACUAUCAUGAAUUGCAUAUGCCCUCGACCGUUUAGCCGGUCGUUGAUCACUAGAGGGAUGCUCCAUUCUGAUUUACUUGUGAAACAUGGGACUUUGAGAUUUCUCUGGGAGACGCUGAGGCUGUUGGAUUCUUUUGUUACCGCUUGGAAACUUCGCUCGUCUCAGGCUUCUCUUGAGCGGGAUGUCAUGGGUGAGGUGAGAAGCUUUUUUCCAGAUGCCCAGGUGUUUUUGACUGUACUGAAGUCUCUGAGCGGUUCUAGCGAAACCCAAAAGCUGCCUUUGAAAAGAGAAGCAGUGUUGGAUAGUGGAUUAGUAGGAAAAAGAAAACGCUUUAAGCCAUCUGAGAAGUGUGUUUUGGAAAAAGAUGCUGGUGAUAUCGUCAUUUGUGGGGUAGGUUCUGAUAAAGAUUUCUUUUUGGAAGAGGAUACUGGGGAUGCUCAGAUGACAGAUCAGGCAGAUGCUGAAAAAGAAUAUCUUGGGAUUGUUUCAGAAAUUUGGGGUUCAGAGUUUUGGUCUAAGCCUUUUGAUUCGGUCGAAGAAGCAGAGAUGUUAUUUCACAUUAAGCUCCUGGAUACCCUCAGGAUUUAUAUGCGUUCUGUGCCUAAUAUCCUUGAAGGAUCGUUUGAUGUCUUCAUGAAAUUUCUGAGCACUUCUUCAGGUUUGCCAGCCGAAUUGCAGAGAGCUCACUUGUCUUUGGUAAAUGAAUACAUCAGUUGGACGCCAAAGUCCCAAAGUGAGAGAGAGAGUGUUCCUACAAGAAUUCCACCACUCAUGUUCAAGCAUUUGCAUGUAUUCAUUAAUUUGUUACCUUUUUCAUCACACGACGAGGUGAAGGAUCUAUCGUAUAAUUUAGCACUGGUAGCUAUGAGCAGCACCGGUGCAUUCGACAAAAAUCCAAGUGAAAUUGGGGCAUGGUUCCGGUUUCUACCAGGUUUUGGAAAGAUUAAACCACCUCUUAUGGUUCAGGAGGCUGUACAGAGCAUGUCAUCAGUUGUCAUCUCCUUUUUAUGUGAUGCAGUUACGACUGUUGGAAAUAAUUUAUUCAAGCAAUGGGAAAUUGUCAGAAGUAGAUUGUCCCAUUUAAAAGGUGACUCAAUUGGUUUUAGCCCCUUAAUUGUUUGUAUUCUGGAGAACUGUGUUAGGCUGCUUAAGUCUGAAUCUAAAAAAUAUUCUUUACCAGACAAGUCAGCAAUAUCUCUGUACGUCUGCAGCACAUUGAAAUAUCUUUUGCAAACUCAGGUAGAUUCCAGUGGACUCUCUUGUUUGGUCCAGUCAGUUUUGUCUGAGGUGGUUGAUGGAUCUAAGGAUUCUUUAUGUGAAUGGAGGCCAUUGAGGAUGUUGCUGCUUUUCUCACAAUCUUUGUCAGACAAAAAAACUUUCAUCUUACAUUCCAGAAGGACAACGAGUUUACUUGCUGACACUUCUUUUGCAGAUUCUCUUGAUGAGAUAAAAGGACUGGUGAGAAGAAGUAUUUCUCUGGAUGAAAUCGCAGGAAUCGUUAAAGCGUUUUCUUCUGCAUUGAUAUGUGCAACACCUGAAUCAAUUUUGGAGAAUUUUGCUUCUGUGAUGGCUAUUUCUUGGGAUUUAUAUGGAACAUCAUUCUCAUUUUUACAGUCCAUCGCCUUUCUAGAGGAAAACUUCCUCGGAAACCUUUCAAAGCUAUCACCUGACUUAUUUGUUAGAGGUUUAGAACUUACUAGGUCAAGGAAUCUCCGUGAAGGAAUAGUAGAUAGUGAGAUUGAUUUUGCUGACUACUCAUCCGUAACUGAAGCAAUCAAAAGUAAGGUGGAGAUUCGUGAUAUUUAUUCUUCUGCCUUGUCUAUGUUCUUCGAGCAGGCUCCUUUUCCAGUAUUACUUAACGAAAUUAUGAGCAUGGAUAUAUCUUGCGUGCCAGAGUUUCCAAGAUUAGCAGAGCUACUGCUGCUAAAAGUUUGGCAACCUAAAAGUGAUAAUAUUGAAUCAGAUAUCCGAUUAAUACUAUUCUGGCUCUUCCAAAUACGAUCAUCUUACAAGAUUCAACCAGCUCCGGUACUCUGUCGAAUCUCUGAGAUCUGCUUACGUCUCUUGAAGCACUUGUUCUCGCAAAUAUCAGAACGGGGCUUUGUUUCUGGACCUUCUUCAGAUAAGUUGGUUGCUCCUUUUGCAAAGUGGAAGCAUCAAGUGGCCCAGACAGUUCUUUGCCAUCCAGUUGUGAUGGCACUGUUGGAGAGUCCCUUGGAUUGUGGCACAUUACCUCCAGUGCAUAAUGUUAAGAUUUUUUCAGAAACGUCGCUGACGACGAGCAGGCUAGUUAUUUGUGAAAUAGAUCAACAAAUCCUUGAUCUAUUGGUUUCUAUUUGUGAGCACUUUUUGUUUGAUGAGAGACACAUUGUGCAGGAUGGCGAUCUCAGGGAAAAUAAGUCAAUUACGGUUUUUAAGGACUUGGUGCAAAGGCUUCUUUUGUUAUUCAGAGACAAGUUUGAGCUUUGUGUUGGUUCUCAAAGUUACGCUCCGCUUCUCCAACCAUCACAAUUAAUUCAUGCGUUGUUGAGAUUUAUUUCACCUUUUAAACUUUUAGAGCUAGCCCGUUCCAUGCUGAGUAAAAUUGAUGAGGAAGAAUUGGCUAGCCCAAAUUUGAGUAUGAUUAUCAGUUUGGGAUUGGAUAUUGCUGGCGGAGCUUUUGAAAUGCUUAUAUCUUAUUCACACCUGCCGGCUGCUAAGAGAGGGGUAUAUGAUUUGCUGUGGGAAUUAAAAGAAGAGAAUUAUGACAGUAUACUCAUUGAGGAAGUCUAUAGCAUGGCAUGCAGGUUUUCUACCUCUUUUGGUUUGGUUUCGGCAGAUACUUGUUUGCUUAAAGUUGGGAGCAGCAUUUUCAGGGGGAAACAUAAUCGGCAUUGCAAUGUUCAUCCAUUGACGGUGAUAAUUUCACAGAUUGUUGGGAGAACUCCUAAAGACUUGAUUAUCCAUUAUAUUAACCAGCCAAGCAUGACCAGAGCCAAGAUAUUAUUCUAUCUUGUGGAGUCCAGUCCCUUGCAUCUGUCAGUCUUUGGACACUCUUUCUUUAGUAUGCUAAGUAAGCAACAGGAUGGCUCUGAUCAGUUUAUCAUGCUUCCGCCUGCCGUGUUAUCGUAUCUGGCAUCAGUUUAUGCAAAAAUCGAGACGCCGUGUAGUAGAUGUUUAGAUAUAACUUCACUUUAUUCAAAUAAACUAACAAACGGUUUUCAUCAGUGGCCCAGUUUUUUGUCUGGGUGGAUCUUUGAAGAGAAGUAUGAAGAGAUUCUUAUGUCGACAACUGAGGAUAUUGACACUAUGUUUAAUGCGAGUCUUCUUGGGAUGGCAGUACGUAUGUUUCAGUGUCACUUUGCCUUGAAUGAAAGUCCAACUAAAAUAGACGAUCUCUUAAAGGUAUUCUAUUCCAUGUUUCCCCACGCUAGUGCUGGCAAAAAGAUGUUUGAUUACGAGAUAAAAGAAAUGGACGCUCAGUCAGUACACUAUAUGUUUAAUGUUGCUAUCCGUGUAGUUGCAAAAGUAGAAUUUUCAAGGAUCUGUUUGUUUCCUGAGGAUAGCAGUAUAUGUCAUUUUAAAAGUCAAGCUGUUAGUUGUGCAAAGGAAAGUUCUCCAGAAAUGGGAUCCUGCAGAGAGAGUUUACUAAAUGCUUUAGUUGAAAGUUGGCCAUGUGUUGUCAAGAGAUCUGAUGGUUAUUUUCAAGGGAAUUCUGAAAGAAAACAAGACAAAUGUUGGUUCCUGUGCAAAAGCCUUGAAAACUUCAUUUUGAGAAGUAUUCUAAAGAUUUUGAAAUACAUGUGUGAGGAGCUUGUUAACUUGGAUUCUCUUCCUUUCUUGGAGAAACUAAUGAAAUCAGUUCUCCUGUAUAGAUUUGAGGACUCAAAGACAUUGAAGUUACUGAGGGACAUUUUCUCCUUAUUGUCGAGAGGAAAGUACUCAUGUACACUAUAUAUCCAACUCCUGGUAUCUCACUCUCAGUUUACACCAACCAUCCUAUCAGCCUCGCGUACUGGUGAAUUAUUGAGGCCUGUCUCCAGCAUUCUAAAACAUCUUAGCAUCCCAAGUCCAAAUUCUGUCGGAGUUGGAAGUUGUUGUCUCGAAGCACCCGACUAUGUGAAGCAGUUAGAAAUUGUCAAAAUUCUCAGAGUGCUGCUUUCCAAAUGUGGAAAAGGUUCGGGGAUCAAUCUGAAAGAGCUGCGCUUUCUUUUUUUGUGUUCUUAUGGUGCAACUAUGAGCGAAAUUGACUUAGAGCUCUACAAGUUGAUGCAUGAUAUCGAGUUGAUUGAGGACGAACAGAGGCUGAAUGUUUCUGAAACAGAUUAUUUGUGGGGUAAAGCUGCCUUGAAAAUAAGAGAGGGACUGCGUUUUUCUCAGGAUGCAUAUUAUGGUGGUGAAGCUGGUUUGGUGGAAAAUCUCCAGCAGAUUCUUUUCAAAGAGAAUCUUUGGAUUGAUCCCAAAAUAUGUGCUCAAACUCUUUUGUAUUUUCCCUAUCAACGAACUGCAGAGGUAUCGGAUAACUCUUACAUAUCUGAUGAUCCAGUAAGUGAGAAAUGCUCACCUGUUAUUGAACGGUAUGAUCCGGCUUACAUCCUGCCAUUCUCAAUACACUCAUUGUCCAUGGGAUGUAUUGAACCUGUAAAAUUCGCCAGUUCAGGCUUGCUUGCAGUUGCGUUAGCGAGCACGUCUUCAGCAGAUCUUGGGAUGAGAAAAUUGGGCUAUGAAACUCUUGGGAUAUUUGUGCAUGCCCUUAAGAGAUGUGAGAAGAAUGAGAAUGUAAUGGGGCUUAUGCUUCUGCUGAUGCAUGUGGAAAAUGGAGUUGACAAACGGUGGAAAAGAAUCCCAACAGUUUGUGCUUAUUUUGCUGCUGUGACGUCUCUGAUAUUGUUGGAUUCUUCUCACGAACUUUAUGCUCCCAUAAAUAAACUUUUGAAGAGCUCAUCUACUCUGAACCUGAAGGGAAUACCUUUGUUUUAUGACUUUUUCUGGAGCAGCACUGUUGUCCUUCGAUCACAGAGGCUUUGGGAACUUCGCCUAGUGUGUGUGGGCUUGGAAUCAGAAGACGAUGCUCAAUUGUACAUAAGAAACUCUGUCCUUGAGACAUUAAUGAGUUUUUCCUCAUCCCCUCUUGCUGAUGAUGAAACUAAAGGACUAAUCCUUCAGGUUGUGAGAAAGUCAGUCAAGUUCCAUAAGAUAGCCCGACAUCUAGUUGAAAACUGUGGUCUUUUGUUAUGGUGUUCAUCGUUUAUCUCAAUGUUUGCUACAAAGCCCAUUGGAGAUGAAGAUUCGCGCUUGGUAGCUGUCUUGGAGGUCAUAACUGAUACACUCGCCUCCAGAAACGUCACAGUGUGGUUGCAAAGAUCUGCCCUCGAAGAGCUAAUGGAAAUCUCGUCGCGUUUAUACAGAUUUUUAGGUGGUGGAUUGGUAUCAGUGAAAGAAAAUGGUACUUUGGUGGAUUUGAUUUUGCAGAUACUAUCUGCUACUCUAAAGAUAUCACAGAAACGGAAACUGUACCAGCCACAUUUCACCAUCACAAUCGAGGGGAUAUGCCAACUCUUUGAGGCAGUUGCUAAUUGCGACUCUCCUCAAGUCGAAGCUAGUGCAGAGCGUGGGCUUGAUGUUAUAUUAAUGAGCACCCCGCCAAUUGACAUAAUAUGCAUGGACGUGGACAAGCUGAGAAGGUUUCUUUUUUGGGGAAGCUCCACAGCCUUGAAGAGUGACUUUGAAAAGGGAUCUAAGCCUAGUGAGUCUCAUAAAGAUACUAAAACACACUCUGAAGAAGCACAAGAAGAAACUAUGGUAGCAAAGUUUCUACGCUGGCUGUUGGCUUCAGUGAUUCUUGGGAAGCUUUAUUCUGAAGCUAAUGAUUUGGACUCAACAGUCUUGAGUGAAACAAAGCCAGAAACUUUGUUGGAAUACUUGAAGCAAAGGAAUAUUGAAGGCAGCAUGACAAAAUCGGAGCACAUACUAGGGGAAGUAAUCGUAUAUCUCCAAAAGCUUCUGUGUACAAACAACAUGGUUCUUCUUCCCUCUGUUGUAUUUGCACUUUCUCUCAUGCUUCUUCGCAAUGGCCUCUUCUUGACUGCAGAUACAGAGUCCGAAGGUGAUUACAAGCUCAUCAGAUCUUUGUGUUCUAGAAUUAGUUGUCCUCCUGAAGCUAUUCCGGUCUGGAGAUGGUCGUAUUAUCAGGGAUGGAAGGAUCUUUCAACGGGACCAGCCACAGAUCCGAAAAAGAUCGAUGCAUGCCAACAGCUUUUGCUGAUAUUCUCUGAUAUGCUUGGGACAAUGCCUCAGGAAUCUCAACAAGUGUUGCUUCGUGAUUUUUUUGAAAUUUCCAGUGUAUUUGUAUCAUCCAAAUCAAAUCAGUUUUGUUUUACUUUAUAUCAAUGACUGGAGUUGUUUUAUUGGUUAGUUCACAAGAACUAUGUUUAAAUUUUGAUGUAUUAAUUGUUAUUAAGCAAUAAUCCCUUAAUGAUAAUUGUUAUUGAGCUA